AUGUCAAUUUCUGGAACUCUUAGCAAUUACUAUGUCGACUCCAUUAUAAGCCAUGACAACGAAGACUCUCCCGCCGCCAAAUUCUCUUCCGGGCAGUACUCAAACUCCAGGCAAACUACCCACACUGAACACCUCGAGUUCCCCUCCUGUAGUUUCCAGCCCAAAUCCUCCGUUUUCAGCGCUUCCUGGACGCCUCUGCCGCCACACACUGCUGCUACCCUUCCUUCGGUCUACCAUCCCUACAUCCAGCAUCAAAACAUCCCUACCUCAGAGAGCAGGUAUCUACGAAGCUGGCUGGACCCAGUGCCCAGAACAGAAAACAUAGCAGCCGGGCAGGGACCAGUUAAAACAGAACCGCUGCUGGGACACCCCGGGGAGAUCCGUAAACAGGGGACACAGGAGUACCAUUUAGACACUUCUGCUGCAAGGGAAGGGAUCGCUUCCAGUCAAAGGCCCAGCUUCGAGGACAAUAAAGUUUGUGAAGGAAGCGAGGACAAAAGCAGGCCAGAUCAAAGUAAUCCAGCAGCCAACUGGUUGCACGCUCGCUCCUCCAGGAAGAAACGAUGUCCCUAUACAAAGUACCAAACCCUGGAACUGGAGAAGGAAUUUCUGUUCAACAUGUACCUCACCAGGGACCGUAGACAUGAAGUGGCCAGGCUUCUCAACUUGAGUGAAAGACAAGUCAAAAUCUGGUUUCAGAAUCGCAGGAUGAAAAUGAAGAAAAUGAAUAAGGAACAGGGCAAAGAGUGAAGCUUUCUUCUCCUUCCCCCUUUCUCUGUUCUGCCCCAAUUUUCACCCCUCUCAAAACUUAGAUAGUUUUUGAUGGGCAAUGACUUCCUUCUCAGCUGUGCUUGAGAUGAGGACAAAAGCAAGCCAAGCCAGAAAGAGGACUCCUGGUUGGCAUGCAAGGGAUUCAGAAUGACUGCACCUGCUUGUUUCCAUUUGACGUCCUUCCCACUUCUUAAAUAUAUUUACUGAUCACUCCAGCAGAGGACAUUAAGGGGGGAAGUUAUGUAUUGAAAGGUAAUUGUUGACAGGCAAUAGUCUUUAAGGAUAGCUACUUCCUUUUGUUUGUUAGGCCUUCCCUAACCUGAAGCCUUCUAAAUAAUGUGGACUUCAAGUCCCCCCAUCCCCAGAAUUUAUGGGAAUGAGGAGAGUUGCGAUGCAAGACAUUUGAAGGGCAGUCAUUGGAGGAGGAUUGCUUUGAAUGAUAUUGAUUAAGCCAAGAAAAAGAAAGGAAAAGAAAUCUGACUAUAAACCUGUCCUCAACUAAGGGCACAUUUUCCUUAGAGGUUGGAAUUGGAAUGAUCCAGGAGCAACAACUGUAGAUAUACCCAAGUGAACGAUACCCCAAUUCAACCUCCAUAGAACAUUCCUUUUCUUAAGGCAGACAAGAUCAUUUCUAACCCCCUCUGUACUCGGAGAAUCAGGAGGAAAACUCCAGGAGAACCAUUUAUAAACCUUUUUGAGGGCUUUGCAUUCAGAAGGCAUCUCUCUUUCCUCCUUUCCCUUAGUCUAUAUUUACCUGUUUGAUGAGCAGCUUUUAGAAAGGAAGAUACUUUAGUCAGAACAUUUCCCCAAACAAAGCCCACAGCAAACCUUCUUCACAAGGCAUCCAGGGAGGGCCACACUCACUGGCGUGCUCAUCCCUUGCCUUGGCUUGGCACAGGGGAACUUUCCAGGGGGGAAGGUUCUGUGCUUACAGUUGUCCACCAAGGCACUUCUAACUUUUAAGGAGAAAAGGAGGGUCAGA